AUGAAAGCAGAACUAAGAGCGAAUCCUCCGACCAUUACUCUUGUACAAAACCCUAAUCUUUUCACAACCCCUUCCGCCGCCGCCGCCACGCAGAGCCGUUCCGUUUCAGGCGCAGCUCUAUCAGGCUGCUGCCUAAGCAACCUCGACGGCGCGUGCAUAGAGAAGCUCUUACUCCACUGCGCGAGUGCACUAGAAAGAAACGACGUCACUUUGGCCCAACAAAUCAUGUGGGUUCUCAACAACGUCGCUUCUUCCGCCGGCGAUCCCAACCAGAGGCUUACUUCGUACUUCUUGAAAGCCCUCGUUUCAAAGGCUUCUCGGCUUUGCCCAACCACGACUUUCAACUCCGCCGCCGCCGUCGGCGGCGCACGGCGGCUGAUGUCUGUAACGGAGCUUGCAGGGUACGUAGACCUAAUCCCAUGGCACAGGUUCGGAUUCUGCGCAUCGAACAGCGCCAUUCUCGAGGCGAUUCGAGGGUUUCCGAAGGUUCACAUCCUGGAUUUCAGCAUCACACACUGCAUGCAGUGGCCGACGCUUAUCGACGCAGUCGCGAAAAGGGCGGCGGAGGACGGCGGUGGGCCACCGUUACUAUCGCUGAGAAUAUCUGUUCUUUCAUGGCGGCCGAACGUCCCUCCUUUCCUCAACGCGUCGAUCGAGGAAGUCGGUCAACGUUUGACCAACUUCGCAAAUUACAGAGACGUCCCUUUUCAGUUCGACGUAGUUCAUCAUCAUGAAGUCACGGGGCAAGAUAGUAAUUUACUAUUAGGGCAACUGAAUCCCUCCACGCUGAAACUCAGAAACGACGAGGCAUUGGUCGUCAACUGCCAGAACUGGCUGCGCUAUUUACCCGACGACGAAGACGACGAUCAUGAAGAAGACGAUAUUCGUCGGAGUAUUCCUUCUAGUUACGGCAGGGAUUCCUUUCUCGAAACGAUAAGAAAUCUAAACCCUUGUCUAGUCACCAUAGUCGACGAGGACUGCGAUCUAGGCGGAUCGAACCGAUCGCUCGCGUCGAGAAUCACCACUUGCUUCAACUACAUGUUGAUCCCUUUCGACGCGCUCGAGACUUUCUUGCCGAAGAACAGCGCUCGGAGAUUGGAUUACGAAGAAGACAUCGGUCGUAAGAUUGAGAACGUUGUAGGGUUUGAAGGGGCUCGGAGAAUCGAAAGGCAAGAAUCGAGCGGCAACUUGUGGCGGAGAAUGGCGAUGAAAAACGGAUUUACGAGCGUGCCGUUCGGCGAAGAUACAGUUAAGGAAGUUAGAGUGUUGUUGAGUGAGCAUGCAAGUGGUUGGGGGAUGAAGAAAGAUGAGGAGAUGAUGAUUCUGACUUGGAAAGGACAUAACUACGUCUACGCCACCGCGUGGGCCCCGCUCGAUCGAGCAAUAACGUAACUAUGCUCGAUCGAUGUAGUUAACUAACGAUUGAGUUAGAGAGAAGUAUUAGAUUUACGUGU